ACUAUAUACGCAUGGAGAGCAGCACUGGGGUGGUGGUGGUGGGACGACGAACGGAGAUCGAUACGCGUCAACCUUUCCGGUCAGUGAAAGAGGCCGUUCAGUUGUUCGGAGAGAGAGUUCUGGUAGGAGAAAUCUAUGCCAAGCAGCUCAAAGAGAUUCGAGCUGUGUCAAAUGAAAAUAAGGACGGUCAAUCCAAGAAUAUUGGGGUCUUACAAACCCAACUCGAAGAAACAAAGCAAAGCCUAGAAAAAGCAAGAGAGGAAGCCAAGUUCAAGGCACAUUGCAUAAACUCUCUCAAAGAAGAGCUAGAACAAGCAAAGAGGGAGCUUCAAAGGCUGAAAGCAAGAGAAUAUGAUCACAAACACAACAGCAUGAGGGAUUUUCUCAAUGAUCCCGAGACCGAAGACCUCAAGUUCAUGGCAAACACAACGAUGAGAGAAAGAGAAAUGAUCAUGAAGACACAAGCAGAAGAAGCUAAGGAGUAUCUGUUCCAAAAGAAGAGAAAUGUGAAGUUCGCAAGUCCUCCUUCAUUGACUCGAGUCAUUGUGAGCAACGAAGAAACCCUAGAGAGACCUCCUUCCGUUAAGAAGAAGCCAUUACUUGCUCCUCUUUUGGGAUGGAUUUUGUCUAAGAGAAAGGGAAGCCAAGAAGGAGAAGAGUAAGAUGAGUCAGGCCAAGAAGGCGGCAAUAAUAUCAAUGUCUAAAGUUGCUCUUAAUUUUUUUUGGGCAUGGGCCUUGAAUAGCAAUAAGACAGAUUUCAUUACUACGAUGGCAAAAGUUUUAUUGGGCUUGGGCCACUUUACAAGGAAUAUUGGGCUCAUGCUCA